AUGCCCGUCUCCAAUUUCUCAGCCCCCGAGAAAUACUCCUACCUGAACGGCUUCGGCUCCUAUCACGAAACCGAAGCUAUCAAGGGUGCUCUUCCCGUCGCACAGAACUCGCCCCAGAAGCCCCCACUGGGCCUCUACGCUGAGAAGCUCUCCGGAACAGCCUUUACCGCUCCCAGGCACGAGAACCAGCAAUCAUGGCUCUAUCGAAUCCUGCCCUCGGCCGCACAUGAGCCAUUCGAGGAUGUAGACCCUUCCACAUAUCACACGUCGCUGACCAAGGACGCCUCGUCACUGCGCCAGAUCCCCAAUCAGCUCCGCUGGAACCCAUUCGAUCUCGAUGAGAAUGUCGACUGGGUGCGUGGAUUGCAUUUGGUCGCAGGUGCCGGUGACCCAACGACCAAGACCGGUUUGGGCAUCCUGCUUUUCGCUGCCGGCAAAGACAUGGGCAACGAAGCCUUUUAUUCCGCCGAUGGUGACUUCCUGAUCGUUGCCCAGCACGGUGUCUUGGAUAUUCAGACAGAAUUGGGCCGCAUUCUCGUGCGACCAAAUGAGAUCUGCAUUAUCCCUCGUGGUAUCAGAUACCGUGUGACCCUCCCUGAAGGCCCGGUCCGUGGCUACAUCUGUGAGCUCUACCAGGGUCACUACCAGCUCCCUGAACUUGGCCCCAUCGGCUCCAACUGUCUCGCCAAUGCCCGUGAUUUCCAGGCUCCCACGGCUUAUUUCGAGGACGAAGGCGAAGAACCCACCGAAUGGAAACUCAUUAGCAAAUUCAACAACAACCUCUUCUGCGCCAAACAAAACCACACCCCCUUCGACGUUGUCGCCUGGCACGGCAACUACUACCCAUACAAAUACGACCUCGGCCGCUUCAACACCAUUGGCUCCAUCUCCUACGACCAUCCCGAUCCCUCCAUCUUCACCGUCCUCACCGGCCCCUCAGAUCACGUCGGCACCGCAAUUGCUGACUUUGUCAUCUUCCCUCCGCGCUGGCUUGUCGCCGAGGAUACCUUCCGCCCUCCGUGGUACCACCGCAACACCAUGUCUGAAUUCAUGGGUUUGAUUUGCGGAGACUAUGAUGCCAAAGUGGGCGGUGGCUUCAGACCCGCGGGAGCCAGUUUACAUAACGUCAUGAGCUCCCACGGCCCUGAUGCCUCAGCGCACGAGGGUGCUAGUAACAUGGAAUUGGUGCCGAAGAAGGUCGGCGAAGGGAGCAUGGCAUUCAUGUUUGAGAGUUGCCUGAUGGUUGGUGUCUCUGAAUGGGGCCUCAAGACCUGCGAGAAGGUGCAGGAAGAUUACAAUGACGAGAGCUGGACUCCAUUGAAGAGACACUUCAAGAACCCGGAAAAGAACUAA